AAAAUUAUCCGAAAAAUGCGUUACGAGAAGCUUGACCGUUCUACCGUAACCAUGACGUCACUCAAAAAAUAUCUGCCCACUCUAUUUCUGCUCACUGCUCUCGGAGCCGGCUUCUACUAUUUGUACGUGGGCGUCCAAGAAGUGGGCGGAGCCAACAGGCGGAAGUUUGCAACUUCUUCAGAAGUUUGGGAUACUAUGGAUGGUCAGGGAUAUCAGUUUAAGGAGGAUGAUGAGGCAAGCCAACUCCUGGACCCCCGCUACCAUGAACUAAACCUCCUGCCGGCUUGCGGGGACCUCGGCUCCGCCGGAGUCCAGCAAGACGUCACAAAUCUUAUGGAAAGUGUGAAGAAGCAGUUCUCCGAGUGUAUUACACCGAUUGUUAAUCAGUGGAAAGGCCGGGCUAAGGAGAUGAAUCUCGAGUGGGUCUCCAAAGCAUCAAUAUGCGAUAAGCUCCCGAUUUUCGAAGAUCUCAAGGUGAUCCCGUUCAACAAUCAGCACGAGACAAAGUGGGCAGUUAUGCCGAAAUGUAAAGAAGAGAACAUUCUCGUCACUCUAGGCGUUGGCCAUGACACAACCGCCGAGGAACGCCUUAAUCGAACAAUUCCGAACACAAAAUUCUACGGAGCCGACCCAAUAAUUGAGCCAAACCGUCAAAUGUACUCGGCUUUCGGGAAAUUCUUCCCAUUUGCCAUUGGGAAGGAGCCGGGAUUCACGAAAUUCCGUGUUUUACCGAAUCAAAGUCAGAAGACACGGAAAUAUGUGUAUCAGGAUGUCACCACAAUUCCGUUUGUGUACUUUUUACACGAUAUUCUCAAGUUGCAGAAAAUCGAUUUCGCGUGGAUCGACAUCGAGGGCGGUGAAUUCGAAUUUUUGGAAAAAAUCCAUAAUGACGUACAGUUCUGCCAAUUCAAUAUAGAAGUUCACUCGAGAUUUGCUCCAGCCGGAGCACAAGUUUUCCAUGAUUUCAUAUUCCGGGUGCUCGAGGAGCAGAAGUACGUUUUUCUUCAGUCAAUGCACACUGGCGGAGGUGUUCAUCGGAUGUUCUUUUUGAAUGUUCAGGAUAAGGAGUGCCUGGCGAAGUAUUUUAAUAAUUAUUGAUUUUUUUUGGGUUUUUUUUGAAUAAAAAUUUUUUGGUAUCA